AUGUUGGCUGAACAAGAUUCCGCAUAUGUCCUCUGUAUUGCUAUCAUUGGCGGCGGUCCGGCUGGACUCGGUGCUGCCAUUGCGCUAUCAGCGUUACCAGAUGUCAGGAUAACGCUGUACGAAAAAGCUCGCGAGCUGAGAGAAGUUGGUGCAGGAAUCAGUAUUGGAUACAAUUGUUGGAAGGUUCUUGAACUUCUCGGAGCUGCUGACGAAGUGCGAGGACACUUGCAGCAAAAUGUGCUUCAUCGGAAUGGACUAUCUGGUGGAAUUCAACGCGUGAAGCCUGCUCCGUCAUCACUUCCUCUCAAGUACCGGUCUAAACGGGUCAGGAGAUCAAGAUUACAAGCUGCUCUGGUAUCAAAAGUUCCACCAGGGAUCAUACAGCUCAAUAAAAAAUUGGUUUCAAUCCACGAUGCUGGAACGCAAGGGGUCCAUCUCACUUUUGAAGAUGGGACCGAGACGAAUGCGGAUCUACUAAUCGGCGGAGAUGGAAUCCGAUCUGUAGUCAGAACGUCACUCUUCCCAGAGCAUACUACAAAAUUUACGGGUACAACCAUUUGGCGGACCCUGAUUCCAGCCAAGACUUUAUAUCAUAUUCACGACUUAUUUCCGGACACGUCAUGGUGGCAUGGCCCUUCUGGGCACUGUUAUUUCUCGCUAGUCGAUGAUCCGUCCGAAUUUCCAGAUUCAAGCACCUCGUCAUCUGAGCAAUUGAUGGAGAUUUCGUGUCGGCACCUAAUAGACGCGGCUCUGGAUACUGAGAGGAGAUUUAGUUGGGGAGUCCCUGUGACAAAUGAGAGAGUCAAUAUUCACUUUACGCAAUAUGACCCCCGAGUACGCGAUGCUCUUUCCUGCGUUCCGGAUGGAGGUUGGAAAGAAUUUUCUGCUUUCUCAGGGCCGAGACUUGAAAGGCUUGUGGGAUGGGAAAAAGUGGCGCUGUUGGGGGAUGCCAGUCACCCUCUAUCUGGUGCAUUUGGUUCCGGCGCAGCUUUCGCUUUAGAAGAUGGCUGGAUUCUCGCUCGAGCAAUAGAACUUACUACUAGUACAGCUCAAUUGACCCCUUCAGAAAACGACAGAGACAGACAGAUCAUCAAAGCGCGAAAUAUCGCAGAUGCUCUGGAGAUCUUUGAUCGUAUUCGCUCCCCGUACUAUCGAAGAAUGUAUGAGCUCCUAGAUAGUCGAAAAAGGGACGUUUUACAAGCACAAAUCAAGGCCAAAGGCGAAAGUAGCGAGCCGCUGCAUAUAUUUGAGAGUGUCCUCCCAUCACGUCUCGAAGCAUUUCCACUGGGUGAUGAGCUGAGUUGGAUUUAUAAAAAUGAUAUUGAGAAAAUAUGGCAAAAUUAUCUCCAACAAGAGAGAUGA